GAUAUUGACAUCAAAUUGGGAUUUUUAAGUUUGUGACGCGUAAAAAAUUUUAUAUUUUAGAAGGCAAACACUUGGCCAAGAAAAUCAAAGUUUUCCCAAGACCACAAAGGUCCAGAGAAGGGAAGUGAAGCGCAAGUACCAUGUCCCGAUUUUUUAUAGCCACCAAAGAGCGGCUCCAGAGGGGGUUUCGCUUUGGCCAGAUGUUGAUCCACAACACUGUUUCUCAGCAAAUGGCCGCUAAGACGCCUCCUGCGCCAGCAAAAGCGGUCAAGGCCAAACCGCCGCCACCGCCGUCCACCAAGCCACCACCCAAGUGUCCGGGUGGCGACAAGGAUAUGAAACGCAAGCCGGGCUACUUUGCCAGUGGUGGCACGCACGCGGUGCUCAGUGACUGCCCAAAGCCGGAGGGCGACUUUAUGAAGGCCUGGUCGGCCAAGAACAGCCGCUAUAACCUCAUCCUCUUCUCCGGUGUCCUGGCAGCAGGUGGAACAUUGGGCUAUGCCUUGUCUUCAGGUAUCCUCUGUCUGAAUUGGUCCAUUCCCGAGUAUCCGUACAACGAGGACGAGAUGGAGGACUUUGAGAUUGAAGAGGAGCGCCGGCGGGAGGAGAAGGAGGCGCGCGAGGAGCGCCACCAGGACGCAGUGGAGGCCAGGGAGCUGGGCAUACGGCGUCGCCGAGCCAAGGAGGCCAUGGAGAGGGAGGUGGACCUGAUGCAGCGCGACAUGGACGGCGGCAUCACAGACGCCGAGCUGGAUGAGCUGCAGCACCUGGCUGCCGAGCGCGAGGCCUUUGAGCUGUGGGAGAAGGACGAACUGAAGCGGCUGGAGGAGCAGGAGAAGGAGCGCGAGAAGAUCCGGAAGGAGAAGGCCAAGGUCAAGGCCGAAAGAGACAAGGAGCGCGAAAAGAAGCGGAAGGAGAAGGAGGCGCAGCUCGAGAAGGAGGAGGCGGAGCGCGAGAAAGCCCGCGAAAAGGCGCGCAAGGAACGUGAAAAGGCGCAGAAGGAGAAGGAGAAGGAAAAGGAGAAGGCCGACAAGGAGGCCGAAAAGGCCAGAAAGGCCGGAUAGUAUGCCCUUAUACUAUAGUUCAAUUUACUUUGCCAGCAGUAACACUAAAACAGCUAAGAAAUUCUUUAAUCGGGAUAAUACAAAUCAACACCUUGAGAAUAAAGCCCCCAAAAACACAGGGUAUACUAUUCAAUAAAGAAUGAAAAUUGGUUGCUGUUGGCCUGAGUUCUGCAUUAGA